AUGAACUUUGUGAAACUAGAACAACUCAACCAGUAUCCAGAUUUCAACAACUACCUGAUUUUUGUUCUUACGAAGUUGAAGUCUGAAGAUGAACCGACACGUUCCUUGAGUGGUCUCAUCUUGAAGAAUAAUGUAAAAGCACAUUUUCAUAACUUUCCCAAUGGGGUAACUGACUUCAUUAAAAGUGAAUGUCUGAACAACAUUGGUGAUUCCUCCCCCUUAAUUAGAGCUACUGUAGGCAUUCUGAUAACAACCAUUGCCUCAAAAGGAGAAUUACAGAAUUGGCCUGAACUCUUACCCAAGCUUUGCAGCCUGUUGGAUUCUGAAGAUUACAAUACCUGUGAGGGUGCAUUUGGCGCACUUCAGAAGAUAUGUGAAGAUUCUGCUGAAAUUUUAGAUAGUGAUGUAUUGGACCGACCACUCAAUAUCAUGAUACCUAAAUUCUUGCAGUUCUUCAAGCACAGCAGUCCAAAAAUAAGGUCUCAUGCUGUUGCAUGUGUCAAUCAAUUUAUCAUCAGCAGAACUCAAGCUCUUAUGUUGCACAUAGAUUCUUUUAUUGAGAAUCUUUUUGCACUGGCUGGUGAUGAAGAGCCUGAAGUACGCAAAAAUGUUUGCCGUGCUCUGGUAAUGUUGCUGGAAGUUCGAAUGGAUCGCCUGCUUCCUCAUAUGAUUAGUAUAGUUGAGUACAUGCUUCAGAGGACCCAGGACCAAGAUGAAAAUGUGGCUUUGGAGGCUUGUGAGUUUUGGCUGACCUUGGCUGAACAGCCAAUUUGUAAAGAUGUAUUAUGUCGGCAUCUUACUAAGCUGAUACCUGUGCUGGUAAAUGGUAUGAAAUAUUCAGAGAUUGAUAUUAUUCUGUUGAAGGGGGAUGUUGAAGAAGAUGAAGCUAUUCCAGAUAGUGAACAGGACAUAAGACCUCGUUUUCAUCGUUCACGGACGGUGGCUCAGCAACAUGAAGAAGAUGGUAUUGAGGAUGAUGAUGAUGAUGACGAUGAACUUGAUGAUGAUGAUACUAUUUCUGACUGGAAUUUAAGGAAAUGUUCUGCUGCUGCUCUGGAUGUCCUAGCCAAUGUAUUUCGUGAUGAACUUUUGCCACACAUCUUGCCCCUUUUGAAGGAAUUGCUCUUCCAUCCAGAAUGGGUAGUUAAAGAAUCUGGUAUCCUUGUUCUUGGAGCAAUUGCUGAAGGCUGCAUGCAGGGUAUGAUUCCAUAUCUUCCUGAGCUGAUCCCUCACCUUAUUCAGUGCCUCUCUGACAAAAAGGCUCUUGUGCGCUCCAUUACAUGCUGGACUCUUAGUCGCUAUGCACACUGGGUAGUUAGUCAACCCCCAGACACAUACUUGAAGCCAUUAAUGACUGAGUUGCUAAAGCGUAUCCUGGAUAGCAACAAGAGAGUACAAGAAGCUGCCUGCAGUGCCUUUGCUACUCUGGAAGAGGAGGCUUGUACAGAGCUUGUUCCUUAUCUUGCAUAUAUACUUGACACUUUGGUCUUUGCAUUUAGUAAAUACCAGCAUAAAAACCUGCUCAUUCUUUAUGAUGCUAUAGGAACUCUGGCAGAUUCUGUGGGACAUCAUCUAAAUAAACCAGAAUAUAUUCAGAUGCUAAUGCCUCCAUUAAUCCAGAAGUGGAAUAUGUUGAAGGAUGAAGAUAAAGAUCUCUUCCCUUUAUUAGAGUGCCUGUCGUCAGUUGCUACUGCUUUGCAAUCUGGCUUUCUUCCAUACUGUGAACCUGUGUACCAGCGCUGUGUAAAUCUGGUGCAGAAGACCCUUGCACAAGCCAUGUUGCAUAAUGCUCAGCCAGACCAAUAUGAGGCUCCAGAUAAAGAUUUCAUGAUUGUGGCGCUUGAUUUACUCAGUGGUUUAGCUGAAGGACUUGGAGGCAACAUUGAACAGCUAGUGGCUCGCAGCAAUAUCCUGACACUAAUGUACCAAUGCAUGCAGGAUAAAAUGCCUGAGGUACGGCAGAGUUCUUUUGCAUUGUUAGGUGAUCUGACAAAGGCGUGUUUUCAGCAUGUUAAGCCUUGCAUCGCGGAUUUCAUGCCCAUUUUGGGAACCAACCUAAACCCUGAAUUCAUUUCUGUCUGUAACAAUGCCACAUGGGCAAUUGGAGAAAUCUCCAUCCAGAUGGGUAUAGAGAUGCAGCCUUAUAUUCCAAUGGUGUUGCACCAGCUUGUAGAAAUAAUUAACAGACCCAACACACCAAAGACGUUGUUAGAGAACACAGCAAUAACAAUUGGUCGUCUUGGUUACGUUUGUCCUCAAGAGGUGGCCCCCAUGCUACAGCAGUUUAUAAGACCCUGGUGCACCUCUCUGCGAAACAUAAGAGACAAUGAGGAGAAGGAUUCAGCAUUCCGUGGGAUAUGUACCAUGAUCUCAGUCAACCCCAGUGGAGUAGUCCAAGACUUUAUUUUUUUUUGUGAUGCUGUUGCGUCGUGGAUUAGCCCAAAAGAUGAUCUCCGAGACAUGUUCUGUAAGAUUCUUCAUGGAUUUAAAAAUCAAGUUGGGGAUGAGAAUUGGAGGCGUUUCUCUGACCAGUUUCCUCUUCCCUUAAAAGAGCGCCUUGCAGCUUACUAUGGAGUCUAACCUCAUGCACUGUAGCUGCAGUCCCAUAAUUAGAGGUCCUUCAGUCUGGGAGACUAUGAGGGAGCCUCUGCACCCAGGGAAAAUGUUACCCUUUACUGGGGGGAAGGGUAAACCAGUAGGGAAUACAGUACAAUCCCAACCCUACUGGGAGGGGCGGGAGGGAGGUGUUGCCGUCACUGUAUUAAGUCGAUGUUGGGAAAUGUUUUAACAUCUGGAGCCUUUGUGGGUGGAAAUCUGUCUCCUAUUACAACUCUGCACUGGAUGUGAAGAAGAAAAAAAAAGAAGAAUCUAGUCACAAAACAGCACAUUUUGGAAUAUUGUGGGGAAUUGUACCAAAAUAAGAACCAUAUAAUUGAACUAUAGGGAUACGUAAAGAGGAAAACUAUUUUGCGCACAAUAAAGGAAACCUAAGAGUGGGGGUCACAAACAGUAAAAGGCUUUCUUUUUUCUUUGAUUUUUUUUUUUAAGUAAGGGUUUUCUAUGUUGUUUCAUCCUGCUUGAUGGGAUUCCUAGGUAUUUGCAUGUUAAUGAAGAACUACACAAAUGAAUUUAGUACAGUUAAAAUGCAGCUUGUGUCUGUAUUAUGAGCAGGCACUUGCAGUGUACUAUAUAGAAACCCCAUCAUAAAUUAGUAAAGGUUAACUUGGAUGAAAUGAAGCAACCUGCAAGCUGCCAAAUGAGUCACUCCUUUCAUUUUUGGGGUAAGGGGAGGGAUAGUUCAAAGGAAAGACUGACAAUUUUUACAUUAAAAAAGGAAUUAAAGUAGGGGAUAUGAUUUGAUUAUUGUACUUCAUUAGAUUUAAUUUCUAGAGUAAGGCAUUAUUCUUAACGUGCAGUUUAAGGUUCAGGCAUGCGUUCUGGCUCAUAGUGAUCAGAAGUAAUUUAAAUUAGUGGGAAAGUAGCAUGCUUGCAUCACAUAGAGUGAAAUUGGUAUACAUUUACCUAUGUUGCGCCAGUUUUGUGUUGCAGUUUACCAAUUCAAUAUAGCCCUGCAUUUAAAAUUCCUUUUUUUAAGAUUCUGUGGAUUUUAUUUUUAUUAAGAAUAUAGCUAUAAAGUACUGUAGUUAACAAUUAGGCCUUGAAAUACCUUUUUAGGAUCUUUUAAGAAUAAGAUUGAUAUUGUAUUGUGUGUAACCUGCACAAUGUGGAAAGCUGAUAUAGCUGUGCAAAAUAUUUGCCUCUGUGCUGUCAGUGUGAUGUGCUUUCUGCAUGGUUAUAUACUAGUGAUUUUAUCAGAAUCUCUAAAAAUGAGUUACAUGGUAAGACCUGUUAAAGGCUGCAUAAAUGUUAGUUGGCACGUAAAGACAAUUGUAGAAGUUGAUGACAUGAUUGCUAUAUUUGUGUUUAUUCCCACUCAACAUAUUACCUUCUAUGCUUUCUUUUUGUUCAAAGCAUGAUCUUAAGGAGAUGUUUAAGUUAAUGGAUGUAAUGCAGGGUAUCUACACUGUAUCGGCGCAUGUUGGUGGCCCUUUGUGAUGUAGUUAAAUGCACAAGGGUGCAAGUUUAAAGCUACAGAGUGAAAGUUGGUUUGGAUCCUCUUCAUUUCAUUUGUUUAGCUUUUCUGUUGUGUUUUUUUUCUCUACUUAUGUGUAUUCCUGUGAAUAAAUCCUUGUUAAGUUAACCCUUUA